AUACCACAACAUCUUCUAUUAAAAAAAUAAAAUAAAAUAUUAUCGAUCUCUUUAAUUUUCACUAUGGGUAAAGUAAUAAUAUUUGGAGCAACAUGUUUAGCCAUACUUUUUAUGGCAGUUACAGCUUCUAGCUUUCGUACUACAAUUACCAUAGCUGAAAACCCAUGGGAACAAAUGUCUCAACGUUGCCAAAUGGAAAUGCAAAGGGCACAGAACUUACGUUCUUGUGAAGAGUAUUUAAGACAAAGUACAAAAUUUACUGAAGAGGGAAGAUAUAUAAAUCAACAAAGCGGAGACUGGCGCCAAUCAUUCCCAAGGUGCUGCGAGCAAAUGGAACAGAUGCAAGACGAGCAAUGCCGGUGCGAGGGAAUAAAACAGGUGAUACAGAAGGAGCAAGAGAGAGGAGAAUUACAGGGUAGAGAAAUGCGUGAGGCUUGUAAAACUGCACAGAGCCUUCCUGGUUUAUGCCGCAUGAGUCCUCACCAAUGCCAUAAUAUUCCAACUCCCACUUUCUUCUAAUUAUGAAAAAUAGCAAGCUUUAGUUAGCUUGCUUUUUUAUUUUGUAAUAAAAAUAAAAUGACUAGUAAGUACUACUGCUAGCUUAGUAAUGAGUAAUUAAUCACACCUUGUUAUGGUGCCUGUGUUGUGUUAACCAGGCAGUUUAAUUUGGUGUGUUUGUAAUGUUUUUGAGUAAGUAACAAUAA